UACUAGUCAGUGUAGUAAAUGGAACUCCAUUUGUAGUAAAUUUAACUACACAUUUUUUUCCGUGGCACAAAAGAACUGAAUAAAGCUUAUUAAUUAAGUAAAUUUACAGUCGGAAUAAAGUAUUUUCAUAAAUGUUGAAUUUUUGAUAAAUGUGAAAAAAUCUGAAUACAACAUUUUAUAAAGAAGUAUUUUUACUGUGUGUCGUCAAGAGGUCAAGUAUAUCUGAGGAUCAUCAGGAUAACUAUAAUUAGAUUCUUUUCAAAUAAAUCGAGCAUACAACGUAGCUAUAUAAGCAGAAGAUUAGGAAUGAAAACGAUCACAGUUAAAUGUAAUUGGCAGAAAAAAUGUUUAUUUUACUCUUGUUUUUAUUCAUCAUGUUAACGAGUGCUUUUUUAAUUUUAAAUUGCCUAAAACCUUACAAAUUUCCACCAGGUCCAAAAUGGUUACCAAUUAUUGGUUGUAUUCUCGAAUUUCAAAAAAUAAGAAAAAAAUUUGGUUAUACUUAUCUUGUUUUUAAUGAAUUGACUAAGAAAUAUGGACAUAUUUUAGGAUUAAAACUCGGUAGUCAAAAGUUUGUAGUUGUGUCAGGUAAUAAUUUAAUAAGAAAAACCCUCAUGAGAUCUGAGAUCCAUGGAAGACCUGAUGGUUUUUUCUUCCGAGUUCGAGCAUUUGGAAAAAGAAAAGGUAUCGUAUUUGCAGAUGGUCCACUUUGGUAUCGAAGCAAACGUAAUACGAUAAAAUAUAUAUCACACUUUGGAUUCGGACAUGGUUUAGGCAAUAAAUAUUUGCAAGAAGAAGCCGAAAUUUUAAUCUGUCAUUUAAAGAAAAAAACUCUAAAUGGCACUAAAAUGAUCGCCAUGAAUAAAGUUUUUGAUAUUGCUGUCCUGAAUUCCUUAUGGAUUUUACUUGCAGGAUAUCGAUUUUCUUAUGACGAUUUUAAACUUGAAAAUAUUUUGGCCACUGUUCAUGAAGCUUUCAAAUCGAAUGAUACUUUGGGAGGAAUUAUUUCUCAUUUUCCGUUUCUUCGAUUCAUUAUUCCAGAAUUAUCAGGCUACACUAGUCUUAUGAAAGUUCUUCAUAAGCUUUGGAACUUUAUCGAUGAUGAAAUAGAAAAUCAUUUAAAAGAAUUCCAGUUUAAUCAACCUGCAAAUAAUUUUAUUGAUGCUUAUCUUCUCGAAUCAUAUGAUGAAAAUUCUAAACAAUGUUUGUUUGAUCGUAAAGAAUUAAUUGUAAUUUGCUUGGAUCUUUUCAUGGCUGGUUCAGAAACAACAAUUGAUUCUUUGACAGCAAUAUUUGCACUUCUCUUUCAUCAUCCAGAUUGGAUGAAAACUUUAAGGAAUGAUCUUGACACUGCUGUUGGGCACAGUAUACCAACACUCAAUCAUAUUCCAGCAUUGCCUCGGAUUGAAGCGUUUUUGUCCGAAGCAAUGAGAGUACUAGUUCUUGCACCUUUAGGCCUUCCUCACAGAACAACUGAGAAUGUUUCGUUAGAAGGUUAUCACAUUCCGAAAGAUACUGUUAUUCUCUUUAAUCUGCACAGCGCAAACAACGAUGAAUCGUGUUGGGAAAAACCAGAAGAAUUUCGUCCCGAGCGGUUUCUUGAUGAAAACGGACGAUAUCAUCGUAGGAAUGAAUUUAUUCCAUUCGGAUUAGGAAAACGAAGAUGUUUGGGGGAAAUUAUGGCGAAAUCAUUACUUUUUUUGUUUUUUACAAAUGUAAUUCAUAAUUUUGAUCUGGAAAUACCAAAAGGACAUAAGUUACCACCAUUAGAUGGUAUUGAUGGUUUUCUUAUAACUCCGAGACCUUAUUUUAUUAAUUUCAUGCAACGUAAUUAAAUAAAAUUGAUUUAAAGAUGUUCUUGCGUGGUUAUUACUAUUG